AUGCAGAUGUAUAUCUUGAAAUUCGGACUGAUACGAUCUAUCUCCUCCAGUAUCUUCGCGGGUGAAGCAACCCAGGAACGAGCUGAGAAUGCUAGACUGUCGUCUUUUGUCGGGGCUUUGGCGCUUGGAGACCUGGUCAAAAGUACCCUUGGACCAAAAGGAAUGAACAAAAUUCUGCAUUCAACCACUACCGGUGAUAUUACUGUCACUAACGACGGAGCGACUAUCCUCAAAAGCGUCCCCUUGGACAAUGCAGCCGCCAAAAUCCUCGUCAACAUUAGUAAAGUACAGGACGAUGAAGUUGGUGACGGAACAACAAGUUGUUGCGUUCUAGCCGCGGAACUGCUGAGGGAGGCCGAGAAACUAGUGACGACUAAUCGCAUUCACCCUCAAACAGUCAUUGAAGGAUACCGGAUUGCUAGCCGAGUGGCAUUGGAUGUUCUUGACAAGAAUGCCCGAAAUAACUCAUCCAAUCCAGAGGCUUUCCGAAAAGAUUUGGUCAACAUCGCCAGGACAACGUUGUCAUCAAAAGUACUAGCAGCCGAUAAGGACUACUUUGCAAAUCUUGCGGUGGAUGCAGUCCUCAGGCUAAAAGGCUCAACCGAUCUAGAUCAUAUUCAGAUCAUCAAGAAACCGGGCGGUCAACUCACUGAUUCUUACCUCGAUGAAGGUUUUAUUUUGGAUAAAAAGAUCAGCACUAACGGCAACAAGUCUCUGAAGAAUGCCAAAAUCCUAAUCUCCAACACUUCUAUGGAUACCGAUAAGGUUAAAGUUUUUGGUGCACGAAUCCGUGUAGGGGGUACGGCUGCAUUGGCCGAACUCGAACGAGCUGAGAAGGAAAAAAUGAAAGCCAAGGUGGCCAAGAUCCAAGCUCAUGGAAUCAACUGCUUCGUCAACCGGCAACUGGUUUACAAUUACCCCGAAUCUCUUUUUGCUGAAGCGGGUAUCAUGUGCAUCGAGCAUGCAGACUUUGAAGGUGUCGAGCGAUUGGCAUUGGUUACUGGAGGAGAAAUCACUAGCACAUUCGAUCAACCUGAGAUGGUUAAGUUAGGGCACUGUGAUUUGAUCGAGGAAGUGAUGGUUGGAGAGGAUGUGCUCAUUAAGUUCUCAGGAGUUGCAGCCGGUGAAGCAUGCACAGUAGUCAUCCGGGGAGCGACAGCCCAAAUGAUAGACGAAGCGGAGCGCUCACUACACGAUGCACUGGCGGUGAUAUCGCAGACGGUCAAGGAGCCCCGGGUGACUUACGGGGGAGGAUGUGUGGAGAUGUUCAUGGCUAAUGCGGUGGACGACGAGGCGAAGGUGACGAAUGGUAAGAAGGCCAUCGCGGUCGAAAGCUUCGCGCACGCCCUUCGUCAGCUGCCUACCAUCUUGGCCGAUAACGCGGGAUACGACUCUAGUGACUUGGUCGCUCAACUUCGGGCUGCCCAUUACGCUGGCCAAUCAACCAUGGGUCUUGAUAUGCAAGAAGGAAAGAUUGCCUCUAUGGAAGACUUGGGCGUCUACGAAUCUUACAAACUUAAACGUCAAGUGGUUUUAUCGGCCAGCGAAGCCGCCGAAAUGAUCCUCAGAGUCGACGAUAUCCUUCGCUCUACACCUAGGAAACGUGAUGUCCAACCGCCAACCGGGACCAUCGGCUCACAGGAAACUGGGACGAACCACCAUCAAGCCUGCCAAGAUGGGCAAGCCCCUCUUCCUUGUAUCCGGCUGUCUAUCGAACACCAUUUACUGACUGCCCCAUCUGCUCUCCGGAAUGACCAUGAUGAUACAUACACAGUCGAAUGUCCAAUCUGCGCGAAACCUAUACCUUCAGCGGACAUCAAUCGACAUCUGGAUAGCGAUCAUUUCGAGUCAUCCUCCCACUUGACGGGACCCAAACCGCCUAAUAACUCAGCACGCCAGGCCACAACGACGACCGGCGUCCAAUCUACCCUGAAUUUCCAUCGGACCGGCCCAUCAGACGCGCAAAACAAGACGGGCCGAUCAGGAUCAAUCAAGCGUCCUCAUGAUGCGAAAACGCAGACCUCGACCGAUCACCUCACCCUUUCUUCGUCCCCCCCUCCCGAUGUGCUGGCUUCAACAACACCCUCCGAUCCCAGGAAAAAAGCCCGCGUCGAUCACGUCCCUUUGCUUAAAUCCCCUCUCCCCACACCCUCCUCCAGCUCUGCGCCCUCAAUGUCCAACAAACCCUUGGCUGAGAGAGUGAGACCGAAAACAAUUGAGGAAUUUCAAGGACAAAAACAUUUAAGAGCAGCAUUACAAACGAUUGUCGGCAGUGGGAGUUCGUUAAUCUUGUGGGGGCCACCAGGCUCAGGAAAGACGACCCUAGCAAGAUGUGUGAAAGAGUUACUGACCAACGGCCGCGAGGAGGAGAAGAUCGGCAGGCAACAAAAGUACGAGUACUUCGAACUCUCGGCCACCGACUUCUCGACAUCCGAAUGGAAGAAAAUCAUCGAUCUUCAUCAUCUCUCGUCUUCUUCCUCUUCCUCUAUCCCCACAACCGGCUCCAAUCAGAAAAUCUCCAGCUUUUAUAAACCCGCUGCCGCUCGGCUACCGGUGAUUCCUCUCAUCUUUAUUGACGAAGUUCAACGAUUAAAUAAGGUUCAACAAGAUUUAUUUUUACCGUUCAUAGAGAGUGGACGAAUAGUGAUGAUUUUUGCGACGACGGAAAACCCAUCUUUCCGAUUAACGACGCCGCUACUAUCACGAUGUCGACUAUUGAAGCUGACCCAACACAGUUCUGAGGACCUCAAGCUGAUUCUUGAGAGGGCGCUAGCGAUCGAAAAAGCGUCAUGUCCACCAGCUGCUGCUGUUGAGGUGGAUGCUCAGAUGAUUGAUCUCUUGUCUAAUGUCGCAGAUGGGGACGCUAGAGUCGCCUUAUCUCACCUCGAAAUCGUCAUCAAUGCUCUUAAACGUGACCCCCUCUUGGAUCAUCAUGCGCUCAAAGAACUCAUCGGAAACAAAUUCUUGCUUUAUGAUCGUAAUGGCGAUAAUCAUUAUGAACUAAUUUCUGCUCUUCACAAGAGCAUUCGCGGAGGCGAUGCUGAUGCGGGACUUUAUUGGCUGGCAAGGAUGCUAGAAGGCGGCGAAGAUCCUCUCUAUGUGGCCAGAAGGUUGAUACGGAUGGCGUCUGAGGAUAUAGGACAGUCUAAUCCGAUGGCCUUGACGCAAGCCGUCAGUGCCUAUCAAGCCACACAGCUACUCGGUAUGCCGGAAUGCGACUGCAUUUUAGCCCAAAUAGUCGUUAUGUUGGCCGAGUCACCGAAAAGUGUGCGGACUUAUAAGGGGUAUAAGCGGGCCAAAGCUCUCGUCAAUUCUCUUCCCUCUUAUCCUGUCCCGAUCCAUUUACGUAAUGCGCCGACUAAGAUGAUGAGCGAACUUGGUUAUGGGGCCGAAUAUAAAUAUGAACCCGACUAUGCCCAUCCGAUCUACCAAGAAUUCUUACCUUCUGAAGUCUUGGAUCGAUCAACGAGAAACGGAGCGAGUGAAGUGGACCGCAACUAUCCUUUUCUGGUCCCACGAUCCCAGCGAAUCGAUCAACAAGCAUCGUCUCCAUCCGACUGCGCCUCUUCCAACCAUCAACAUCAUCAAGAUCAUCCCACAGAUACAGCCGACUCUCUUCAUCCAAUCAACCCUGCCCAGAAUCAUCAUGAGAGCAAACUCGGAGAUCAUCCUCCGGCUAUCUCUCGUCCGACUCAUUCGUCUACUAAGGAUGGGAAAUUGGUCGACUUGGACUUGCUUCGGCAAUGGGAAGAGCACUUCAAUGAUGGCCAGCCAUGGACCGGAAGGGAUCGUUUGCAAUAA